AUGUGGCAGCUUUGUACGACACUAUUUGCAGUUUGGUUCCAAUAUUGCACUGCUUAUGAUAUUGUUAUUUUCUCAACUCUGAACUUGAAAAAAAUGGCAGUAGAAGACCUGGCAGCAUCCUCAAAAAUACUAGCUAUUGGUGUUAAAGAUUUCUCAUUACCAAACUUUGGCCUAUAUGCACAAGCCUAUAGUGGCGAAAACUCUGAUUCUCCGUUUUCAUCAUUAAUGCGAAUCUUCCCGUAUCAAAAAGCACUUUCAAUGGUGACUUCAAACGAUGGUGAUAUCCAUAGGUCAAGUACUGGUGUAGAUUACACUCAAAAAGAUUUGCACGACUUUUUAACAUCUGACAGGAAUUUUGAAGGCUAUGAGACAGUUAUCAUUUCUUCUCAGGAUGCUUUCGAAAAUGAACUGGUUCGUCGUAAGCGUGUUUCCUCCAAUGUUAGUUUUGACGACGAGCCAUCAUCUCAUGCAGUUUCGGAAAUGGAUAAUCGACAGCGGUUAUCUGCCUCAGAUCGUCAUGAUAUGCCUGUGGUGCUACCUCCUCCUAAUCCAUCGCAAAAAACAGCAUGCCUUCUGUACAUGGAGGCCUUCGAUAUUAUUAUUUCGAACUCACGUUUCUUAACUGUUGGAAGUGAAGGCAAAAAUAAGUAUUCAUCUGGGCCGGAUCAUUGUAAAUGUAAUGUGAACAGCAGUCAAGGUCGUGCAAGUUUCAUAAUUGAUGUCGAAGUUGGAGAAAACAUAGAAGACGCCGAAAAAGAAUUCUAUUUGACGAGUGGAACUACGAUAACUUUUCAGUUGGAUUUCUUACGAAGUCGGAAUGGCUACUGGUAUUUAGAUGGCACCAAAUUAAAGAAUAAUUUCAAAAUUAAUGCUUUGCGCGCCAAACAAAACUUGAAUGUGAGUAGUGGUACUGCUACAAAUCAAGUAGAUGUUGGAGCAGUGUUUAACCGGAAUUUUGCUUGUUUUCAAACGGAUGCAGCAGUUUUCAAAGUAUUAGAUGGUAAAUAUUCAAAUAUUGGAAUUGCACUACGGAAUUUUGAGGUGGCUUUGGAACUUGUAGGUGAUAAGACACGUUUCGGGUACCGUACAUCAGAUUGUGUUGGGACAUUUAGUGCUGGCAGUUGGAUGGUUUUUGCAGGAUGGAUGAUAUGGAGGGAGAUGGCAGUGCAACAUUUAGAGUUCAGCAAACGAUUGGAAUACGGUGGAGGGCAUUACUACCAGUACAUCAGCAAGAUGGCAGUGUUUAUUCAUAUGGACAUUAUAUUUAUGGAUGGACCAGAUGAGCUCUUACUUUUUCACUCAAUUCCUUGCAUUCACAGUUUUCUACAUUCAGUACUUACAAAAGGGGAGGAAGCCAAUUCUACCUUAAAUAGCCCUAAGGGACAAAUAAUGGUCACUUGGUGUCCGAAAAUUAUGACGAACAGAAAGAGGAAUACUGUGAGACAAACGAGUGGUCUGCGACAGUAA